AUGGCGAGUUGUAGGACCGGGACAGCCGCAUCGUUCCUUCUACGUACAACGCGACCAAGAAGUCGCUCUGCUCUCGCAUCAUGGUCGUCGUCUGUGUCGCCUUUGAUCGCCGUCGCACGCCCCGGUCCAAUUCGGUCGCACCAGUUCAACCUUUCCUCGUCGUCGCGAAUACUGGUCGAUCGCCCGCCAUCCUUCUCGACACCAGACCCAUCCCUUGCUUCGUCAAGCUCGCCUAGCCAACCGCAACACGAUUCCAGGCAGCCCUUGAGCCCCGCUGCGUUACCCGUCGAGGACUACGCUUCUCCACUGCUCCACACCGCUUCCUUCUUCGGCUCCAUCUUCCGCUACGCCGUCUAUGGAUCGGUGAGCGUCGUCGUCGUGGUCGUCGCCACAUUUGCAGGCGUGCAUGCCUACGUCGAGUACUUCGCGCUCGGCCAGCAGGGCGUACUCGCCGCACGUGAGGAUCCCGACGAGUGGGCCUCGGAGCUGGAAGGAUGGACCGGUGGUCAUCUCGGCGGUGGCACCGACCCACGACUGGGUCUCAUGACACGCUUGGCUGUUCGAGCAGCUUGGGCGGCACAGAACUGGGGCGCUGAAAGCCCACUCGGACCAGCUUCCUCGGCGUCGUCGACGAUGGGUCCGGUCUCGAUGCGAACUCCUUUCUCCGGUGCGGGCGGGACGAUGAUCGGGUCGGAUCAGGAUCGACAGGGUGCGGUGCAAGCUGGACUCUCGCAAGGAGAAAUCAGGGACGCAGGCUGGCAACUCUCGGAAGAGUUUCUCGUCUAUGCACUAGCGAAGGCCGCGAAGAAGGGCAUCUCACUUGUCGGCCGCGCCGAGUCUAGCUCGACACCAGCAACGGUCGAUCGGGCAGCACUCGAACUCGAGCAGCGCCUCGCCAACAUCCGGGAACGUAUUGGAGGUCGGUUUCGACUCGAAGCCGCCCGAGAAGCGUGGGAACGCAUCUACUACGCCCUCGUGUCGUCGCCUGCUUCUCCCUCGACGGCGGACUGGUUCCAGCGGGAGAAGCUCAAGGCGACGCGCAAACUCGGCGACCUGUCGGCGAGAUUGGCUCAGAGCGCGCAAACCGGUAGCGAGGAGCACGCAAACGAGAACAUGCGCGCAGAGAGAUGGUACCUUGGUGGGAUCCUGCCGGCACUUGGAGCAUCGACCGAAGCGGCCCAGCCGGACAAGCGGGAAGCUCUGAACCCCGAAGUCGCCAAGGUCACGAAGUCUGUCUCGCCUUCAUCGUCCUUCUUUGGCUUUUGGUCGCGUUCCCAUCCACCUUCGAACGCUAUAUCGAGCUCGAACGUGGUGAACGUUGGGGACGCCAGCUCAUCCUUAAUUCGACCCGAGAUCACCAAGGCGGUGAACCUGCUCGAGCGAGGCUCGUCGCGACACGAGGCCUCACCUGCGACGCAACGAGCGCUUCUAUCCUCUCUCAUCGGUUUCGAGAUGUUCCUAGCUCGACGUCGGGCUCUGACGGCUGCUCAUGCUGUGCAAAAUGCUUCCCUUAGCUACGCCGAGUCGUUGAUGGGUCCGUCAUCGCUACCUUCGUCAUCCACCUCGUCGGGCGGUCCGACCCUUUCGAGCGCGACACCAGCGAGUGUGCUGGGCCCUAGUCUGACCUCGUACUACUACUCAACACGAGCCGCCGUUCUGCGCACCCAUCUGGCCGAAGUGUCGCUCGCGCUUCGCAUGUCCAACAUCGAGGAGUACGCGCUGAGUCUGCUCUCUUCAGCGAUCCACUCGUGCGAUUCGACACUCGUCGCGUUGAUGCAGUCCCCUUUGACCAAGGAAUCGUCGAGGAAGAUGAAGCCCUUCUCCAAGGCCGCACAAGGACUCGUCAGGGAUUCGAGGGUCACCGCGGCCAUGGCAUGUAACCUGUCCGGCUUUGUCGUCGAAAAUGGAUCGAGAAUCGUCGAGGUUUCCGGAGUCAGGAGGGAGGAGACCAAGACAUGGGCGGAGGGAGGCUUGAGCAAAAGUAAAUCGUUGUUGGAUCAGGCUGUGGCCUUUGCCAAGAAUGAGGCGGGGGCGGUGGUGGAUCAUCAGGGGCUCAAGUUGGCGGAGCAAGGGCUCAAGAGGGUCAAUGCCAAGAUUGGGUCGAUAACGGCUUAA